AUGGAUGUUUGGAACUUGCAAGAGGAUGAGAUUUCCCACGACUUUGCUGGGAGCAUGGUGAAGUCUAAGAAGUUCAAAACCUCCCCUUUGACCACUCGAAGGCACAGAACGUCUGUGAGAUGCCUGAGAUGGAGCCUUUGGCUACUCUGCUUUCUCAUGGUCACCAUGCUCUGGUACCUCAACCUCCUCUCCUACACUGCGAUUGAGAGCCUCAACUGGAUGUAUUCCUAUGGAUACAAGCCCAUUAACCGUUCAGAAUUUGCCUUUACAAUGCAAGAGCAGGUGACUUGCUCAGACCUGUUCCUUGUCAUUUUGGUGAGCUCAUGCCCUGCGAAUGUGAAAACCAAACAGGCCAUUCGAGUUACUUGGGGUACAAAGAAGUCUUGGUGGGGACAAGAAGUCCUAACAUACUUUUUAUUAGGCCACCAAAUGGAGCCAGAAGAUAACAUGUUAGCCUUAUCUGUACAAGAUGAAAGCAUUUUUUACGGUGAAAUAAUCUGCCAAGAUUUUAUACACACGUACUAUAACUUGACCUUAAAGACAAUCAUGACAUUCAGAUGGGUUAUGGAGUUUUGUCCUACAGCCAAAUACGUAAUGAAGGCAGACUCUGAUGUUUUUAGCAACACUGGACACUUAGUGAAAUAUCUUUUGACAUACAACCAGUCUGAGAACUUUUUCAUGGGCUACUCUCUCAUAGAGAACUUUUAAAAAACAUGUAUUUCCUACCAAGAGUAUCCUUUUAGGAUGUUUCCACCAUACUGCAGUGGCUUGGUUAUGUGCUAUCCCAGAGACUUGGUUCUUCAAAUUUGUGAAAUGAUGGCACAUGUUAAACCCAUCGGAUUUGAAGACGUUUAUGUUAGGAUCACCCUGAGCAUCUUAAAAAAUAUCCAGGGGCAGCUAGGUACUAAUCCAGGAUUGGCAGUUCAUGCAAAAGGAAAGCAGCUGUUGACCCUCUGUUCUUCUCUGACCAAGUCAAAAGCCCAUGAGGUUGAACUGAGAACUUGCCAAUGGGGAGUCCUUUCAAAGGCAGUGUUUGUCCUGGUGCCCACUUCACUUUCCCUCAUUCAGACCCCACCCUUCUUUGCAGUGGCUGCCUCCUGUGUCAUUGUAUUUUGUUUUUGA